CCUCAGCCGAGAGACAUGCAUUUUCCCCUUCCGGGCUAUUAUAAGGGAAUGGCUUUUGGCUGUCGCGCCUCUGCCAUCAUCAAUGCUUAAUCCCCUCUUUCUCCAUACCGCUUGUCUGCAAACUGAUCCGGCAAGAUGUUGUAUUAUGAAGGUCAUGGUAUUACCAGUACGGCCAAGGCGAUCAUUAUUGUGACCACAAUUUUAGGUGUCCUGGCCAUUCUGGCGGUUGCACUCCGUGUCUACGCCCGGAUAUAUUCCAAGCUCUACUUGGGUGCCGAUGACUGGACAAUUAUCCUCGCCCUAAUCCUUUCCUGUGGGAUUAGCAUUAUCAUCGACUACACCGAUGCUGUUACCGGCAUCGGAGACCCUGAGUAUCAGCCAACCAUGGAGGCGAUCAUCUUCGCAUUGAAGAUAAACUUCGCUUGCGAAAAUGCUCAAAUCGCCACAAUGGGAGUCAUCAAAGUUUCUUUGCUCUUCUUCUACCGGCGGAUCUUCGGCAUCUCCCGUCCGUUUGUCAUGGCGAGCAAUGUGCUCAUUGGACUGAUUUCCAGCUUCACGUUGGCGAUUGUCCUGGCGGUUAUCUUUUCAAAAUGGCCGGUCUACCUACAAUGGGACCCGACCGCCCCCUACGAUAUUAACGCGUCGGCGAUCCUUAUCUGCUAUGUUGCAGGCAAUAGCUUAUUCGAUCUUCUGACGCUGGCACUUCCAAUCGCUGCCGUACAGAAAUUGCAGAUGGAUCAAUCAAAGAAGCUAUUCAUGUCUGUGAUCUUUGUCUUGGGAAGCACCUGCAUGGCGGCAUCACUUGUUCGAUUGUAUUAUGCCGUCCAGUGGACCAAGGAGCCUGCGACUAUCAGUAGCAUGUUUGAGGUACCCUUCAUUUAUAACAUUCUGUGGGCGCUCCUUGAGCCACCCAUCUUCAUCGUCGUGGGCUCCAUGCUUACCCUGGGACCUCUGCUCCGUAACUGGCGAGGGCCUAAGCAAUGGAUUCGGCUUCUUAGCAGCAAGAAGGAGGGAUCAACCAAGUUCCACGACUCGCGCAACCUCCCCCAUUCACAUAUGCAGUCGGCAAACUCUCAUCAGCGUGGGCACGAGAAGAAAUUGACACCAAGUACCUCAAGCGAGGUGGAACUAUUGGAGGUGUGA